AAAUCAGCCCUCAAUCUUAAUCGUUAAUCCCCUCCUCCACGGUUCCCAAGACAAACGAUAAAAACAAACCUAAUCUAAAUUUUCAAUCCGAAAUCGAUUUCAUUUCUUUUCAAUCAGGAUUCUUUGAUUUGGGUUUUGAUUCAUUCCUUCUUUUUUUGAUCGAGGAGAAUCUGGUCUUCAAUAGAUUGUUGUUUGGAGGAAGUUAUUAGUUCCGUUUCAGAUUAUUCGUUAAUGGCCGCUUAUGCGGCCUGUAUCCGGGCCGGAACGAAAUUAAGAUCCGCCCAGGCCAUUAAUUCAUCGGUUCUUAGAGGCGCCUUCGUUCCCACCACCCCCAUCUCAUCUUCAUCUUCAUCGUCAUUAUCUUCUUCUCAUUGUGAUCCGGUUUAUAGCAGAUUUGAUUUCAGGCAGAUUUCUCAACUUGUUCAAUCCAACGGCAAACGCCUGUUCCUUGUUGAUACUCUAGCGCUUGUUAGAAGAUUAGAAGGACAAGGCGUGCCCUCGAAACAAGCCGAAGCGAUUACAUCUGCAAUCACCGAGGUUUUGAACGAUAGUUUGGAAAAUGUUGCUGAAUCUUUCGUCUCCAAGGGUGAAAUGCAAAGGAUUGAGAUGACUCAAGAUGGUAAUUUGGGGAAAUUCAAAUCUCAAGUACAAAGCUCUCAGGAAAAUCAUUUCUCAUUGUUGCAACGUGAGACUGAAAAACUAAGGAAUGAUAUAGAAAAAAUGCGUAGUGAGUUGAGGUACGAGAUUGAUAAAGUCACUGCUGGGCAACGCCUGGAUUUGAAUCUUGAAAGGGGGAGAAUUCGUGAUGAGCUUGCAAACCAAAACCAAGAAACUGCAAACCUCACAAACAAACUUGAUCGAGAAAUUCAUUCGUUGAGAGCCCAGUUGGAAGCAGCAAAAUAUGAUGUGAUAAAGUACUGCAUAGGUACCCUUGUAUCGAUUUCUGCUGUUGGUUUGGCUGUGUUACGUAUACUCAUGUAAACUCUAAUCUUUGCUAAUUGUAAUGAUCGUAGAGAAAGAAAGAAAAACGUUAAUUUAGUUUCAUGCGUUUUUAUAUUCUUUGUGAUCAAUGAAUGAAAAUGUAACAUAUUUAUUUAUAUACUAAUUUUAACCAUAGCGACUG